GAUUUACAGUUUGUGAACCAUUUUUAUCUUCUCUUCAAUUUCUCUCUCUUUCUCCUUUGCCGACAUCUUCAAUCUAUCUUAAACGAACUUCUGUACAAUACAAUAAAACAUCAUAAUUAUCGUAAUCUUUUCGGUUUUCGGUUCUGGCUUAGGUUUCUGUUCCACUGAAUUUGGUGUUAUCUGUUGGGGCCUUCAUUUUCAUGUUUUCUUUCAACCACAAAACAUCUUUCGUAUUCAUCUAACAGUCUUCACAUGUCAGGGCCGCUUGAUCGGUUCGCACGUCCCUGCUUUGAGGGGUUUUCUGGUCAUGAUGAAAGGAGGGAGAGAAGAUCGGAUUUAGAGAAUUCAGAGGAUGAUCGGCGAACGAGGAUUGGCAGUUUGAAAAAGAAAGCAAUCAAUGCUUCAAGCAAGUUCAGGCAUUCUCUUAGGAAGAAGAGCAGCAGAAGGAAGAGCGCGAGCCGAAGCAAUUCGGUCUCCAUCGAGGAUGUUCGAGAUGUUAAGGAACUUCAGGCAGUGGAUGCUUUUCGACAGGCACUUAUGUCGGAAAGCUUGUUACCGUCAAGACAUGAUGACUAUCAUAUGUUACUAAGAUUCUUGAAAGCAAGGAAAUUUGACAUUGAGAAAGCAAAGCACAUGUGGGCCAACAUGAUCCAAUGGAGGAAAGAGUAUGGUACUGAUACGAUUAUGGAGGAUUUUGAAUUCAGUGAGUUGAAUGAAGUCCUGCAGUACUAUCCACAUGGUUAUCAUGGGGUGGAUAAGGAUGGAAGACCUGUUUAUAUUGAAAGGUUAGGCAAAGUUGAUCCCUGUAAGCUUAUGCAAGUGACUACCAUAGAAAGGUAUUUGAGAUACCAUGUGCAGGGUUUUGAGCAAACGUUUGCUGUUAAGUUUCCUGCAUGCUCUAUUGCUGCAAAGAGACAUAUAGAUUCAAGUACAACCAUUUUGGACGUUCAUGGUGUGGGUUUUAAAAACCUAACCAAAUCUGCUCGGGAACUCAUCAUGCGGCUGCAGAAAAUUGAUGGUGAUUACUAUCCCGAAACAUUAUGUCAAAUGUAUAUAAUCAAUGCUGGUCCUGGUUUUAAGCUGCUUUGGAACACAGUGAAAUCAUUUCUUGAUCCCAAAACUACUUCAAAGAUAAAUGUUCUUGGAAACAAGUUCCAGAACAAAUUACUUGAAAUUAUUGACGCGAGUGAGCUGCCAGAAUUUCUAGGUGGUAGUUGCACUUGUAUAGAGCAAGGUGGUUGUAUGAGGUCUGAUAAGGGUCCAUGGCAGGAUCCAAAUAUUUUAAAGAUGGUUCUCAGUGGCGAAGUGCAAUGUUCAAGGCAAAUAGUAACGGUUUCUAACGAUGAGGGCACCGUUAUCGAAUGUGACAAGGCAUGCUUUCCAAUGCCAAUUAGAAGCAGUGAUACAUCAACAGCAGAAUCAGGAUCUGAAGUUGAAGAUAUCACUUCUCCCAAAGCCAGUGGAAAUUAUACAAACCCUAGAUUAACUCCUGUUCAUGAAGAAGCAAGACUGAUUGGUAAGGCUAAUCUCUCUGGCGGUUUCUCUGAGUAUGAUGAGUUUAUUCCCAUGGUUGACAAGGCCGUUGACCUCGGAUGGAAGGAGAAACAAGUAACAACUCAAAACUCGAAAAGUUCAACAGAAAAUUUCCUGCUGAGGACUGGAAAAUCUGGUGGAAAGUGUGCACAUAUCUGGAUUGUUAUUGUGGGCUUCUUUGUUGGCAUCUUUGCUCUUGCUCGUUCACUAGCAUUUCAUGUGACUAAGAGAAUAAAGGACACUAAAUUUGAUUCUACCAAAAGUACACCUAACAUGAGCAUUGACUCAAUAGCCAAGGAAGAAUCUCGCCCCCCAUCACCUGUUCCUAGAUUAACAAAGACAGAACUUGUCUCAUCUGCUUUGAAACGCCUUGGUGAGCUCGAGGAGAAGGUUGACAUGCUACAGUCAAAACCAAAUGUGAUGCCAUAUGAGAAAGAGGAGCUGCUGAAUGCUGCUGUUUAUCGUGUGGAUGCAUUGGAAGCAGAACUGAUUGCUACAAAGAAGGCUUUAUACGAAGCUUUGAUCAGACAAGAAGAACUUCUGGCAUAUAUAGAUCGUCAGGAAAGAAGUAAAUUCGCGAAAAAGAAGUUUUGCUGGUGAAGAGAUAACUGUACAGAACGGAGCUGUUUGGCAGAUUGACGGAUAUAUAUAUAUAUAUAUAUAUAUAUAUAUAUAUAUAUAUAUAUAUAUAUAUUACUUUUUUCUUGUUUGUAUAUUUUACCUGUACUUUUGUCUCUGAUAUGGCUUGUUGUCUGUUUUCAUCACAGAAUUCUUAUAUGAUGGAAUUCUUCUUACACGUCUACUUUUCUCUCACCCAAUUUUAAAAUACAUGAAUUUGACUGCUGAACUAUAGCUAAGUGUAUGACAAAUAAAGUUUGAUUCACCUUCAAGUGUA